GAUCACCCAGGCAGAUCAUUUCCUCUGAGGACACCAUGGGGGACAGAACUCUGUGUCUCAUACUGCUGAGUUAUCUGGCUGGAUCCUCCUACGGCCAAACACAAUGUACUCUGAUUACACCAAGCGUGCUACGUGUAGACUCUGAAGAAACAAUUGUAGUAGAUGGACACAGUUCAACAUUCGAAGUUGAGUACUUCAUCCAAGAUUUCCCGGCAAGGAACUUAAUGCUUGCUCGUGGCAAGAUCAACAUGAACGGUGGAAACAAACACCUGGGAACAGCUAAAGUAACGAUUGAAGGUAAAAAUUUCAUAAAAGACCCAAAGAAGAAACAAUACUUAUCUAUAAGUGUGAAGUCCAGCAAUCCACCAUGCAACAUAGAGAAAGUUAUCCUCCUGACUUUUCACAGUGGAUACAUCUUCAUACAGACGGACAAACCCAUCUACACUCCGGGGACAUCAGUUCAAUAUAGACUUUAUCCUGUAAAUUUCAACAUGCAGCCAACAAACAAGGCGGUGCAAGUAGACAUUCUGAAUCCGGAUGGAAUUUUGGUGAAAAAUGAACAACUUUAUCCUGACGUUACUGGCAUAAUUUCAAAGACCUAUCCGUUGACUGAUGUGCCAAGUCUUGGCGUCUGGACCAUCUCCACAAGGUAUGACGGCACAUUUCAAGAAUACACCACCAACUUUGAAGUGAAAGAGUACGUGUUGCCAACUUUUGAAGUCAAGAUAAAACCAGAUCGGAGUUUUAUGUAUGCUAACGAUGAAACAUUUUCUGUGGCAAUUGAAGCUGACUAUACAUAUGGAAAAACAGUUUCUGGCAAUGCCUUUGUGUUAUUUUCACUGAAGAAAGGCGAUGAAAGAAAAACUGUGGCAGAUUCCCUGAGUAGGAUUGUGAUUGAUGAUGGAAAGGGCAGAGCUACCGUGAAGAGAGCGGACCUUCUGAAGAUCCUCAAAAAAACAGAAGACAUUUUAGAGUACAGACUGCACGUGUCAGCCACCGUCAUCACUGAAGCAGGAAGUGACUGGGUGGAAGCUGAACUGGACAACAUUUAUAUUGUUACAUCUGCAUAUAAAAUCCUCCUAACCAGGACAUCCAAAUACUUCAAACCUGGAAUGCCCUUCCAUUUCAUGGUGUUGGUUACAAACCCAGAUGGCUCACCAGCAAAUAAAAUUCCAGUAGUGGUCAACCCAGGAAGCGGCCAAGGUGUUACUGAGGAAGAUGGAACAUCUAAGUUGAUAGUAAACACCGGUUCAAAUAGAACGCCUUUGAAAAUAACGGUGAAGACAACAAUAGGGGGACUAAAUGAAAAACUCCAGGCCUCCGCGGAAACCACCAUAACUCCAUACCAACCGCAAAGUGGAUUGGGAAACUAUCUGCACUUGACUAUCGAUACCAAUGUGGCAAAGCCGAACAAACAAAUAUUCAUAAGCUUUCAUAUACUGACAAGCUCUCCUGCAGACCAAGACAAAGUUCAGCAUUUUACAUAUCUGAUCCUCAGCAAAGGCAGAAUAAUAAGUGUGGGCAAACAGAAGCGAGAUCAAGGCCAAGGCAUUGUCACUAUGUCACUCAUUGUAACAAAGGACUUAAUCCCAUCAUUUCGUAUUGUGGCAUACUAUACCAUUAAGAAAGAGCUUGUGUCGGAUUCCCUCUGGGUGGAUGUGGUUGAUGAAUGCAUGGGAACGCUGGAGGUGGACAGCAAAAAGAAGACCGCAGCACCAUCAGAUCUUAUACCCUUGACGCUGAAAGCAGAUCAUGAUUCUUACGUUGGAUUAGUGGCUGUAGAUAAAGCAGUCUUUGUAUUAAACAAGAAAUAUAAAAUAACCCAGAGUAAGGUAUGGGACAUUGUGGAGAAGUCUGACAUUGGCUGCACUCCAGGUAGUGGUGCUAAUAACAUGGACGUAUUCUAUGAUGCUGGACUUGCUGUAGAGUCAAAUUUUGGAAUGGUCACGAAACAGAGAAGUGAUCCAUCAUGUGAUGCCGCCAAAAAACGCAAGCGUAGGUCAUCUGCAGCACUGAUUGAAAUGAAGAACCAAAAAGCGUUGAACUACAAUGAAAAUCUGGAAAGGCAGUGCUGCCAUGAUGGCAUGACCAGCAAUCCCAUGGGUCACAGCUGUGAUCGUCGUGCCAAACAUAUCCUGAAGGGAGAUAAAUGUGUGCAAGUGUUCCUGGACUGCUGCAAAUACAUUGAACUGAAAAUCAAGAUCGAAAAGGAACAGGACAAAGACUUGGAGAGGAGUGACAGUGAAGGUGAGUACAUGAAGGAUGAAGACAUUACAGUCCGGAGUGCAUUUGAUGAGAGUUGGCUGUGGAAUAUUAUCAAAAUUACAGAAAAACCCGAUAAUAAUGGUGUCUCCACGCAGCAGGUGAAGAACAAAUACCUAAAAGACUCAAUCACCACAUGGGAGGUGCUGGCUGUGAGCUUAUCAAAAACUAACGGCAUUUGUGUGGCCAAGCCAUUGGAAAUCCAGGCCUUCAAGAGUUUCUAUGUUGACCUGAGACUGCCCUAUUCAGUAGUGAGGAAUGAACAGGUUGGAAUUCGAGCUGUGCUCUACAAUUACGAAAAUGAAGUUCUCAAGGUGCGAGUGACCCUGACUUACAACCCAAAAUUCUGCAGCCUUUCCACACCUUCAAAGAAGUAUACCAAAGAUGUCAUAGUCAAAGAAAGUUCAACUUUCACAGUCCCAUUAAUCAUAGUUCCUCUCGAGGUUGGCAUGCAUGAUGUGGAGGUGAAGGCGGCAGUCUUAGGAGGAUUCGUGGCUGAUGGAGUCAGGAAACAGCUGAAGGUCGUGCCUGAAGGAGUUCGUAAGGUGGAAACCAUACUGUCUGAAGACCUGGAGCCAGAGCGCAAAGGCAGAAGUGGAGAGCAGGUAGUGAAUGUCAAAUCACUCAAGAAUAAGAAGAUCGCUCCACAGUCGUCUAUUUCACUCAUCGUCAAUGUAAAAGGAUCUCCAAUUGCUGAUUUCAUAGAACAAUCCAUUGAUGGCAAGAAUCUAAAUCAUCUGAUCAUUAUACCAACUGGCUGUGCGGAGCAAAAUAUGAUGAAAUUGGCACCGCUUGUCAUUGCCACCCUGUUCCUGGACAAAACGAAUCAGUGGGACAAAGUUGGACUUCACCGCAGGACAGAGGCUAUAAGCCAUAUGCAGACAGGUUAUGCCACUCAGUUAACACAUCGUGCCAAAGAUGGAUCAUAUACCGCUCUUCAGGGGUCACCCCAGGGAACCUGGCUUACAGCAUACAUUGUCAAAAUCUUCUCCUUGGCCAAAAGAAUGAUACACAUUACUGAUGACGUUCUAUGUGGCUCUGUCAGAUGGUUGGUACUGUCCAUGCAAAAACCAGAUGGGAUGUUCCAGGAACAUUUUCCUAUUGGUAGUCAGUACUAUCAGAAAACAAGGGGUGGACUUGGCAGCUCCCCCGAUCCAAAUGUUGCUAUCACAGCCUUUGUCACCAUUGCUUUAUUGGAGAGUCAGAAUUACUGUAAGGAUCAUGUCAGUAAUCUGCAGCGCAGCAUUGACAAGGCCGUGCAGUUCAUAUCAGAGCAUUAUGGAAAAUUGACCAGACCACAUUCAAUUGCAUUAACUUCUUAUGCAUUGGCUCGGGCUGGGAAGCUAAGUGAUUCAACUAAACUGAUGUCUGUAGCAACAGGCAAAUCUCAGUGGAAUGACCCAGAUAGUAAAUUCUGGAGUAGCCAAGAAUAUGGAAGAUACAUUUCUUUGGAGGCUACAGCUUACGCCCUGCUGACUCUCCUGCAAAUAGAGGAGUAUGAUCUGGCAGAUUCUGUUGCUCAAUGGCUAAUUAGAUCGCAUGUUGAUGGCGAGCAGUAUGGAACAACACAGACAAUCGUCGUGCUGUUUGAAGCUUUGGCUAAGUACCAAGAGGCCAGGGAAAAUAAGAUGGUGUUGGACAUGGAUGUAUCCGUUAACCUUCCAGAGAGGAAAGACCCUUCUAAAUACCGCCUUAAUCUGCAAAGUAAUCUAAAUGCUCGAUCUGAUGAGACAAACAUAAAUAGUGAUUUUGUGGUGAAGGCGAAGGGGAAGGGGCGAGCUUCUCUAACGGUGACAGCAGUAUACUAUGAAAUAGUGACAGAGAAAGAAAGUGAAUGCAAUCAUUUUGAUUUUACCAUCACGGCAAGAGACGAGCCUCAUGCUAAAAGACCAGAUAAUGCCUUGGGGACAAUGUCUGUUGAGGUCUGCUUCAGGUACCGUGGAGACAAAGACCUUACCAUGUCUAUUGUGGACGUGACCAUGAUGACUGGAUUCUCUCCAGAUGUUGAUGACUUAAAGCGGCUUCAACAUGGAGUGGACCGAUACAUUUCACAAUUUGAGAUCAACAAAGGAGCAAAAGAUAAAGGCACUCUCAUCAUAUACCUGGACAAGAUUUCGCAUACAGAGGAAGAAUGUCUGAAGUUCAAUGCUCACCGGUACUUUGAAGUGGGUCUCGUACAACCUGGUUCCGUCACUAUCUAUGACUAUUACUCACCAGAAACUCGCUGCACCAAGUUCUAUCACACAGUCGAAGGUGAUAAUUUGUAUGGUCGCAUCUGUCAGGGAGAUGUGUGUCGCUGUUCUGAAGGUAAUUGCUUGAUGCUGCAGGAUCCUAAAAAAAGCUACAGCGCCUUAGAGCGAAAGGAUACGGCGUGUCAAGCGGGGAUGGACUAUGUGUACAAAGCAACUCUUCUUGAGACAGAGUAUGCCAAUGACUAUGACCGAUACGUAAUGCAUAUAACGAACGUCUAUAAGAACGGAACCGAUGAAAAUGCUCAGGGGCAAAAACGGACCUUCAUCAGUCAUAUUAAAUGUCGGGAGGCCUUGAAGUUUAAGAAAGGACUGGAUUACAUAAUAUUUGGCAGUUUCAAUGAUGUAUGGCAAACAGCAGCAAAUACGUAUACCUACAUCAUCGGGAGCAGAUCCUGGGUUGAGUGGUGGCCAAACAAAAGGGAGUGUCAGAAUGAGGAGUAUGAGGAGCUCUGUGAUGAUUUUUACAGCCUUUCUGAAGACAUCACCAUGUUUGGCUGUGGAGUAUGAAGGCUGCCUAUAUACUUCAGUGAUGAAUACCAGGACAAGUCAUGCAAUAUAUUUACUGUUUAUUUUUCACAUUUCACAGUUUCACUUUUUCUACACAAAAAUAAAGCAUAUUUUACGCAUUCAAA